AUGAAUUCUCAAACAGAUCCAUAUUUUAUAGUGCAAGACGAAAUUGUCACCUCACUUUCUAAGGCCAAGACUCACUAUAUCACAUGGACAAGUGAAAAUGUUAAAGAAGAUUCAGAUUCCUCGAAACUACUUCGUCAGAUGAUUAGAAAUAUUGAAUGGGACCUGGAAGAUUUGCAGGAGACUGUUGCCAUUGUUGAGCGAAAUCCUGGUCGAUUCAAUUUAUUGGCUGAGGAAGUUGUCGCCAGACGUAAUUUUGUUCAAGGCGUACGGGCUGUCGUGAAAUUGGUGAAGAGUCAGCUACAGUCUAAUUCAGUAGAUUCAGUCAUAAGCUUUGAUGUAGCAGUGGCCAAACAACCUGUUAGUCAUGACGUCCCUUCGGAUAUUCUGAAUGGGUGCGUCCAGACUGUAUACUCAAUGAUUUUUUCUGUACGCAUAUUUUCCUUGUAA